GCCGUGCGGGCGGCGCCGAGGCGCGGGCGGGCGCGGCGGGAUGUCGGGGCCCAACGGAGACCCGCACGUGUUGGGCGGUGGCACCGGCGACGAGGGCGACGAGGGCGGGGACACCUUCGAGGAGGAAGAAUAUGCAGCAAUAAACUCCAUGCUGGACCAGAUCAACUCCUGUUUGGAUCACCUGGAGGAGAAGAAUGAUCACCUACACAUCUGCUUGAAGGAACUGCUGGAGUCCAACCGCCAGACCCGGCUGGAGUUCCAGCAGCAGAGCAAGCAGCUGAACACAGGAGCUGAUGUACAGGGAUCCCAGCCUCCUGCUUAGUCUGACCACACACUCUCAGCUGGUGUUGCUAAGGGGACAGUUACUGGUCACCAAUUUAAUGUAAAACUUGAAUAGCAGAGGUGCCUCGUUUCUGUUACUUGUUCCUUUCUGUGUUUGUAUCCUGCCAUUCAUCUCCAUGUUGUUUUCCUUUAGCUGUGUGACAGGGCAGAAGCACAAGGGUGGCUGUAGGAGAGCUGGUUCUUUUCUGCUCCCUAGCACGAGCCUGGCACUCACACUUGGUUAAAGCUGGUUGUAGGAAACUUGAGCCCAUGCAGGUAGUUUGCAGGCAGGCCCUCUUCACAAAGUGGAAAAAUUAUCUCUGCUCUCUUUCCCUUAAAUCUAAGCAAGGAGUAUUAUGGCUUUACCCCCUUUGGCAGGGGCUGUCCUGAAUUCAGGCUUGUCCUUAAGUGUAAUGACACUGGAGAAGAUGAAUGAUGAGCCCUGGAGGAGAGCUUAGGAUAGCUGCUGCCUUGAAGCUACAGCUUCUUCUCCCUUAGUCACAUUAAUUGUGAUGUAUGAAAUACUGGCAUAUGGUUCCAGAUCACCGGACACUUCCACUCCAUUCCAAGCAGAUAAACUACCAGGGUGAUGUUUCUGACCAUUGUGACUGGGAGCUGCCCCACUCCUUCAGCUGCCAUUAAGGACCAAGGUGUGGAGAGAGGCAGAGCUGCCUGGUGAGCCCCCACCACAGCAUCAGCAAUAGAGAGCAGAGCCCUCCCUGUACAUUCUGACAAGGCACAAUAGGUCUGCUCUGCACUUUGUGAUCUUGUCAAUAUGUCCUAGAGCCAGCACUUUUGAAGCAAGUCUUACUGUUCUACUUAUGUAGUGUUAAAGGAGUUUUUUUGAAAGUUAAAGGAGUUAUUUAAAAGAAAUCUGUUUUAUUAAAAUUAGUUUGAAACAAACUUUGUUCCUGAGAGUCUCCACUAUGAGAACAGAUUGGAUUAAGCUUUGUGGUAUUAACAAAGGACCAAGGUGCGUGUUUUUGCCUAGCUUAGGACUUGUCCAAGACUGCUUGUCCAACAGUGUGUAUCUUAGAAAGGAAAGUGUUCUGAGAAGCAGAAUUCAGCAGAGUCUCUCAAGAGAUAAACAUUUUCUCUGACUGGAAAGAAAAUGAGAGGAACUACAAAGAAUUCUUAAGUUUGCAUCCAUCACUCUGUGAAGUUUGUCCCCUAUGGAAAUCCCAUUACCAUCUUCUUUCAGGUUCAGCAAUCCAAGCCUCAGUCUUUCCACGUAACUGCUGUAUCCCAACUGUACAAGUAAUAAGCAACACUAUCCUGUAUUAGACACGCUAAAGCCAGGCUUAUUUAUUCUUAAAAUAAAAACAGCAGUAAAGUUCAA